AUGCCUGCACCCACAGCUUUGUUGAGAAGACCAGAAGAGCUUGCUGAAGCUACUAACGUGCCAGCACCCGAUCAAAAUCAAGAUGACGAAUUCUUAUUAGAUGCACCAGAAGUUACUUCUGCAGAUCUGGAUACCAUUUUGCCUCCAGCCACCGACAAUAGCGAAAUGCACAUUGAUGAAGAAGGACGACCCCGAUUUGCACCAGCCAAGAAUAUUGACCCAGCAACCCGAGUCGAAACUCGAAAAGUUCCCAUUCCUCCACACCGAAUGACACCUCUCAAAGCCGCCUGGCCUAAGAUCUACCCUCCUCUCGUCGAGCAUCUCAAACUCCAAGUCCGCAUGAAUAUCAAAAAUAAAGCCGUUGAACUCCGUACCUCCAAACACACUACCGAUACUGGAUCUUUACAAAAGGGCGAGGAUUUCGUCAAGGCCUUUUCGUUAGGUUUUGAUGUCGAUGAUGCUAUUGCAUUAUUACGACUUGACGAUCUUUACAUUCAGACUUUUGAGAUUAAGGAUGUAAAGACACUGCAAGGUGAGCAUUUGGGAAGAGCCAUCGGCCGUAUCGCAGGCAAAGAUGGAAAGACCAAAUUUGCAAUUGAGAAUGCGAGUCGCACAAGAGUGGUUCUUGCAGAUAGCAAAAUCCACAUUUUGGGAGGCUUCAAGAAUAUCCACAUUGCGAGAGAGGCCAUUGUUAGUCUGAUUUUGGGUAGCCCACCUGGAAAGGUUUACGGCAAUUUAAGAACUGUUGCUAGCAGAAUGAAGGAGAGAUUUUAA